AUGGCAGCUGCAGCCUACACAUAUCACGGAUCGUUGCUACCUUCAGUUCCUCGUCUACGUCAAAAUCUCUCAUUUUACAGUUCGACGAGUAGUUCAGUGACAAUUGAAAAUAAGGGAUCGUCCAAAGGAAAAAGCAGGCACCUGGCAGUGGUGAGAUGUAGCAUAGGAAUAGAGGACUUCAUUGGAGGAGAUCUUGUAAAGUUUGAUCUGGGACAGUGGUCAUCAGACGUCGAAGAGCACAAAGCUCUAGCUAUCUACUCACCGCACGAAGCAGCUGUUUUCCCAUCCCAAAGGUCCACUGGAAAUACCAUCGCAAGAAUUAGGCUGGCGGUGGACAAAUAA